GCAGCCAGCGAGCACUGCAGUGCAGUAGCCAACCAGCAACCAGCUAGACAACUUGUCUACUCACAGGGAAAUAUGGAAGAGGUGAUGUUACAAGCUAACGGUUGUCAGACUGACCCCCUCUACAUGGGCCCAUAACCAUGUCCACAGAUGACAGUAUCUCUGAGGAUGUGUCCAGCUCGGGGGCGUUGAGCCAUUGCCAUGUCAGUGCUGAUGGGGAUGGGGGUAAGGAGAGUGAGACCUCGCUGGUGUCCUCUGAGGGGACGUCAGCCUCGGGGCUGGCUGUGCCGGAGGAUAGACACACCCGGACCUCUCAAACAACAGGAGGCACUGUGGACAGCAGGCCAGUGGACAUCACACCAGCAUGCAACAAGAUCAGGAGUCUGUGUCUAAGCACAGAUGAAGCAUUUGAGCAAGGGAAAAACCUCCCGUUCAUCAAUCCAAGCUCCCUGGAGACCCUUAGGGCCCUAGUGCAGGAAAUCCAGAGCAGUGGAGAGACAGACCCCGAGAUCUGGAAAGACUGUGAGGGACGAUGGUUGCAUCUGUUUCAGCUAGUUGAGAAGCAAUACCAAGAGCAAAUACUUGCUCAACAAGAACAAUAUCAGUGCCAAAUACAGUUGAUUCAGGAUGAAAUUAAAGCCCUGGUCCAACUACAGAACCGGCAGAGCGGUGGCCAUCCACACACUGAGUUCUCUCCAACCCCUGUCACCACCACCACUACCACUAAGGACUAUAUUUUACCCUUCAUCCCCAAUGACUGCACAAGCCCCAAAAACAUGCCCAGUGAGAGCGACAGCUUGGCAGCUCCUGUCCAUACCCCUUUUAGUUCCCCUUCACCUCCACUCCAUAGAUCAGACACCAUCAACCCGGGGGAGAACAUUGAGGAAAGGGCGACCACAAUGCUGAGCAGCGGCUAUGGGACACUCUCUGCCUGGGAAACAGGUGGUGAACCUUCUGGGUCUCCAGGGGAAGUGGAGGAGGCAAGCCAAAGGAAGGAGAAGCAUCAGUGGUGCUCUAACCUCCAGGAGGACACAGAGCCAACUGUGAUUGGGUACCAACAGACCUUAGCUCAUGAGGAAACUCCUGGAGUGGAGGCACCUAGUCCAUUGCCCUACCAGCAGAAAAGCUCUGGCACCGGACAGCCCUUGACCUCAUGGGCCCAGAGGCAGAAACUCAGGCCCAAGAAGAGCAAGGCAGGACAGACUUCUUCGCAGAUCCCUGAGUACCAGGAGCAACUACUCAGCCCGAGGGAAACUCCCAGACACAGCCCUCUGGAGCACACAGAUUCCCAGGACCAGCAUCGACCGGCUGGGCCAUCCUCCAGCUCUUUACCCCUGAGGAGGAGUGACAGCCUGGUGUCUGAGGCAUCAGGCCUGACGUAUUGGCGUCUGCAUGAGACUGAUCUAUAUCGCCCCCUACCUGACAGCUUGGAUAGUGGCGCCUACCUUCUUCUGCAAGAGGCAUCCAUGAGUCUUACUCCAUCUCAGGAACCUCGUCUGUCUCUGAGAGAGAUCUAUCAGAACAAGCAGAAAAUGGAGUCCAGACGCACAGACUGGGAUGGCUCUCUUACAUCCAGUCCUUUGUCACCACAGGUGUUGACCUUGGACCCAGGUGUUCACGUGCGCCAGUCUGACCGCACCUCCGGCUUCACUUCUCCCUCCCACUUCAGCAGCCCUUCAUUCCCCACCCGGCCCCACCUCUGCCCCAGAGUAGGGACCCCGGUCACCCCUGACAGCAUGGUCGAGGGCAGUGCAAACCCUGGAGAUACAGACUGUACCUCUAAUACCUCCAGUGUUUCAGCCACUGCACCCUCCCCUACUAGGGCGCCAAAUCCCUGGGCAAACCUAUCCCAGGCAGUCGUCUCUACCUCCCAAGAUAAGACCCAGCCCUGCUCCCUCACAGCCAGCCAGCAACGCAGAGCCAGUGCCCCUUUAGCUAGUGAGGAGGAGGGCAGUCACACCCAUACCAGCACCCUGAAGCUGUGUUCAGCCUCUGGUGCCACUCUGGUGCCUGCAGUCAGUCCACGCAUAGAGAGAGCUUCAUCAUUAGAAGAUCCUGUUGUCCUCUCUUUACUAAGGCAGAACCUGAGAGAGAAGCACUCCAGACAUGUGGCCGAUCUUAAAGCUUAUUAUGAGUCUGAGAUACAAGUCCUGCGAGACAAGCUCAGUCUCAGAGAUCUGCCCCAGGACUUGGAGAAGAGCAACCAGGUCCUCAGAGAGAGGUGCAGGCAUCUGGAGAAAGCUCUUGCUGAAGCCACCAGCCGUAUCCAAGAACUGGAGGCCAAAAACAGCUUACUGGAGAAAAAACUGGCGGAGUGGCCUGAGCGGUACGCUGUAGCGGGUGCCACUGUGAAUUCCUUGCAGCAGCGUCUGGAGGAAAGCAAACGUUCAGGGAAAGAGAAAGACGCCUUGGUGGCGCGCCUGAAGACCUCUGUACGGCAGCUAGAGGAGGCAGCGCAGAAAGCCUGCAGGGAAGCAGACGAGAAGGAGGCCAGGAGGGAGAGAGAGUUCAAGAUGCUACAGGAUCUGCUUGUACAGUAUGAUUCUCUGAGGAAAGAACAUGAGGGAGUGAAGGACAACCUCUUAUCAUCAGAGACCAAGCUUGUCGAUGCCAAUGAACAGAUAUCUGAACUGAAGAGGGUCAUCUCCAAACUGGAGUCCCAAGUGAAGCAGCUGGAGCAUGAGAACCAGGCCAGGUCUCGAUACGCUUCACACAGCAAUACACAGCCAUCAGGGGCUGGUCUUUUCCACCACCCUGACCUGCUGCUGUCGCCCAGCAAAUGCAAGCCAGAGCCAGAUGUCACCCGUCGGAAGGCACCCCAUUCCCUAGCUGACCAGCUAAAUGGCGGCAGGAAGUCACCAUUCCCUCAAACUAACCAAUCCAGUGGCCACAGGAAGUCACCCUGUCCACAAAAAGACCAAUCAGCCAGGUCUGGAAGUUCUGUGGACAGCUCCGAGGCGGGAGGCAGUUGGAGGUGUUCGUCUCCCCCAGAGUGCGAACAGUCCCAGCCCCAGCCCCAGUCUCAGCGUCAGGCCCAACCCCAAGACCAAUGUGUCAGCCAGCGAGAGCCAGGUAGGAGAGAGGGACCAGGCCCCCUGACGCCUGUGAUGAGGGCCUUGAUAGAGCUGGAGGAGACCAGAGCCACAGAGAGCCGGGCCCCCUGUAAGAGCAGCUCCACCGCCCACAGGGUUGGCAACCAGAGGACCACAGUGGGAUAUGUGGAGCGGAGACAUAAAGAGCCUAUUCAGGACCGAGUCGGGCUGGCAGCAGACAGAAGUUUGGCUAAAGCUGGAAGAGGAGUGGCUGGACCUGAGCGGGGAGGUGCGAGGUGUAGCACUGGUACAGAGAACGCUACACCUCUGCUAAGGGAUCAGAGGAGCCUUUCUCCAGAGGGCCACAGAUCCUCCUCCUUGCCCCCCCCAGCACAUCGCAGCUUUCCACCAGCCACACCCACAAAGAGAGAAACUUUACUGACACCUAUGUCUGCCAAGUCCAGUCCCAAACGCUGCCCUACUGAAAACUAUUCCACUGCUUUUGGCCACAUGAUGCCAAGACAGGAACACCUGUCCAAAAGGUUUGACGGACUAGUGGACCAGAGACGCCAUUCAUUCCACACCGCCAGUCCCAAGAAGAGGCUUCACUUUGCAGAACCGGACAGAGAGGACGACUUCCAGCAGCCACGCAGCACUGCAGCCGAGUCCUCCGCUGGUGUGAACGCGACUGAGGGCCCCUCCCAGCUGGGCUGGGAGGACCAGGGCUCUGGUAGUGGGCAGGACCUGCAGGACACUUGUGAGGACACAGCCCCGCUUCUCCUGGACAGACUUCACUCACUGGCUGAUGCAGAAAGGCUGUUUGACGAGCUGACGCAGGAGAAGCUUCAGAUUGAAGCAGCCCUGAGCCGGAUGCCAGGAGCAGGCAGCAGAGUGAGUUUGCAGACCAGGUUAGAUGAGGUGGCCUUAGAGAACCGUCUGGAGAAAUUGAAUCGUGACCUGGGAUCCAUCCGCAUGACUCUUAAAAGAUUCCACGUCCUCCGCUCCUCUGCCAAUAUAUAGCAAUGUUUGUCUUUUUUAGACUGUGUUGUAGAUACUGCAGUUUAGUGUCUUGAUUUUAUACACAGCACUGAUUGUCCUUCAGUCUUUUUCUGUACCAUACGUCCAUCUGUACAAGACGCCCAUGGCAUCUUUUUAUACAUAUUAUUACUCGGGGAUAUUUUUUAUAUGUUGAAGAGAUAUCACAAUUUUCUGAGUAUAUUUUUAGUAAUACACAGAUUUGUAAAGUCAUUUACUUUUUUAGUCACAAAAAAUAUUAAUAUUGUAUGUCUUACUUGCCAUAUUCAGGUAACUUCUGUAGAUUUUUAAUGAGCUGUUUCGGUGUAAAUGUGAAUUCUCAAAAAGACUAUCCAGCAGACACAUCCAUCCACCUGGAAAAUAUCACUGCCAUAUCGCUCAUGUGUUAAUGGAUAUGUUCAAUAUUCUUUCAUUUUACACAGCCAAAUAUGGUAUUUAUUUCUUGUUUUUAUACUUCCGCCUUUUGAGUUUAGUGCAUUAUUUUUUACAUCCUUUUCUUUAAAUGUAGGAUUUUGUGAUUUGUGUUUGCCAAAUUACAGAACUUGAAUGAAAGAUUUUAGUCUACUUGAAUUACAUUGCCUUUUUCAUUUUCUUGAAAUCUUAUUUUUCAUCUCUUUUACGUCUUAUGCCUACGUUUCACUUUUGUGCUUUAUAUUUCAACUUGGAGAUUUUGCUACAGCACUGGGCCCUUCAGAUAUAAAAACCAUUUGUAAAAUCUAAACCAGCACACAUUUUCAGCAGACACACAUCCAGUGUUCACCUCUCAAACACUUGUUUCUCCUUGGGCAAUGCUUAUGCAUGGAAUUUUUUGCACUGUUUCCUUUUGCCAUGCAGUUUUCAAGCUGUUUGCAAUGACCUACCUGACAUGAACGUCACUGGAACUAUAAUGUUAUUGUUGUUGCACAAUAAACAAAUCUUUUUGAUAA